AUUUCUUUAACGAAAAUGUCACCAACCAAGGAUACCAUGAAUCAUCAUCACAUCCUUCAACAACAGCAACAUCAGCAGUCGCUGUCUCAGUCGCAGCAUCUUAAUCAUCAGAACCACCAUCAACAACAUAACCAUCCGAACAACAAUCAUUCGACCAUAUCCAGACGCUCACGUGAUGAUUUCUCCGAAACGGGUGUAAUUAUUCGUGAAGUUGAGGAUGGUGUACGCUGUGAGCAGUGCAAAACAAAUUGUCCAGGAUUUGCUGCCCAUGAUUGGAGAAAAACCUGUCAAUCCUGUAAAUGCCCCCGCGAAGCACAUGCCAUUUAUCAGCAACAGUCAACCUCGGUCCAUGAACGUUUGGGCUUUAAGGUGGUAUCACCAGCCGAUUCUGGCGUGGAUCCUCGCGAUUUGGGCUACACUUGGGUGCCUCAGGGCAUACGUGUGUCGUCGCGCAUCAAUCGCUACUUUGAACAAUUGCCAGUGGAGAAAGUGCCAAAAAUCGGUAGCGAGGGCGCCCGUUAUCGUGAACAGCAGAUCUCAUAUCAAUUGCCCAAGCAAGAUCUAUCGCUGGAGCACUGCAAGCACUUGGAAGAUGUGCAUGAGGCAUCCUAUGAAGAUUUUGUGACGGCACGCAAUGAAAUUGCACUAGACAUAGGUUAUAUUAAAGAUGCCCCGCACGAUGAGCACUGCGCCCAUUGCGAGGGUGAAAUCAAUGUGGGCGAUAUGGUGGUGGCCGCUCCGAAAUUUGUGGAAAGCGUCAUGUGGCAUCCACGUUGCUUUACCUGCAACACUUGCAAUGAAUUGCUGGUCGAUCUGACAUAUUGCGUGCACGACGAUAAAAUCUACUGUGAACGUCACUAUGCGGAACUGUUAAAACCGCGUUGUGCUGGCUGUGAUGAGUUAAUUUUCAGUGGUGAAUAUACAAAGGCCAUGGAUAAGGACUGGCAUUCCGGCCAUUUCUGCUGCUGGCAGUGCGACGAAAGCCUAACUGGCCAACGUUACGUCAUUCGUGACGACCAUCCCUAUUGCAUUAAAUGCUACGAGAAUGUCUUCGCCAAUACAUGCGAGGAAUGCAACAAGAUCAUCGGUAUCGAUUCGAAGGAUUUGUCAUACAAAGACAAGCAUUGGCAUGAGGCCUGUUUCUUGUGCUUCAAGUGUCAUCUGUCGUUGGUGGACAAACAAUUCGGUGCUAAGGCCGAUAAGAUCUACUGUGGCAACUGUUAUGAUGCCCAAUUUGCAUCGCGCUGCGAUGGAUGCGGUGAAGUGUUCCGUGCUGGCACAAAGAAAAUGGAAUACAAGACCCGGCAAUGGCAUGAAAAUUGUUUCUGCUGCUGUGUCUGCAAAACGGCCAUUGGCACCAAGUCAUUCAUCCCCAGGGAACAGGAGAUCUACUGUGCUGGCUGUUAUGAGGAGAAGUUUGCUACUCGAUGCAUUAAAUGCAACAAGGUUAUCACUUCUGGUGGUGUGACCUACAAGAACGAACCCUGGCAUCGUGAAUGCUUCACUUGCACCCACUGCAACAUUACGUUGGCUGGUCAACGUUUCACUAGUCGCGACGAGAAGCCUUAUUGUGCUGAAUGUUUCGGUGAACUAUUUGCCAAACGCUGCACUUCUUGUGUCAAACCCAUAACCGGUAUUGGUGGCACUCGUUUCAUUUCAUUUGAAAAUCGUCACUGGCAUCAUGACUGUUUCGUCUGUGCCAGCUGCAGGACUAGUCUAGUCGGACGUGGUUUCAUCACCGAUGGACCCGAUAUUAUUUGCCCCGAAUGUGCCAAGCAAAAGCUCAUGUAAAUUGGGCCACAUCAUCUUGAAUUAUACGCUACGAACAAGUCAGCCAAUAACAAAAACAAAACA